AUGGAGGUUGAAAAGAUCGUGAGUGUAUCUGUGUGGGAAAUGGUGAAGCUUCAUUUUCUAUCGUUCGUGUACGGCCUUUAUCUUAUAGUAAAGAGAUUUAUCAAAUGGGCAUGGGACCCAAAACAAUUUUUUGUCCUACAACAACGAGAUAAUCCACCACUGUGUCUGGUUGAUAAUAACCUGGGUAAACAUUCUUAUAUGAAACUGAAAGGUAUAAAAUUUCAUUAUGUGGAAGCCGGCGACAAAGAGAAGCCACUUCUGUUGUUGCUGCAUGGUUUUCCUGAUUGCUGGUUGUCAUGGAGAGAACAAAUACCAGUAGUUGCUGAUCAUUACAGGGUGGUCGCGUUAGACCUCAAAGGCUUUGGCGACAGCGACAAACCAUUAACCAGAAGAUCGUACAGAAUUGAAAUAUUAAUUGACGAACUGAAACAAUUCAUUCUUGCACUUGGUGUGAGAUCAUGCACGAUCAUUGGUCACGACCUGGGUGGCCUUUUGGGAUGGUAUAUGGUAGCUCUGCACGAAGAAAUGGUCUCCAAAUUCAUAGCUAUAUCAAGUCCACAUCCAAAUUUUUAUUGGAAUGGUUUAUCAGGUGAUGGCGCGUUUGAUGGCAAAUGGAUGCACUUUAGCAGAUUACCAUUUUUACCGGAAAUAGAUGCCCUGAAACAAGAUCUCUCUGUGAUCAAUGACACGUAUAAACAUUUGUCCAUUAAUCAAACGGAUAAUGAAAAUAAUUAUGUGGAAGCAUACAAAUAUGCAUUCAGUAGAAAAGAGGACUGGACAGGUCCAAUUAAUUAUUACCGUAAUUUACCAUUCACGAGAUUAAAUACGAAUAAUAAUGAACCGAUAUAUACACGAAUACUAGUCAUAGUCGGUAAUGUGGAUCCGUCUGUUUCCUUAGAAAGUAUAGUUCAAAGUUCAGAAUAUGUGGAGAAAUUUAGUGCAAAAAUAAUUACCGGCGGAGGGCAUUUUCCGCAUCAAGAGAAACCGGAAAUGGUGAAUAAAGCAAUAAUGAAAUUUUUAAUAGGUUCGCCUUCAUGUUUUGAAAAAACACCGUCAAAGAGCAUUAUGUCAUCUUGGCUCGGUUCUUUGAGCAGCACUGUAAAAUAUGGCAAUCAAAUGUUUGAUGCGGUUCAGAAGAAAACUAAUGGUGUCGUGAAUGGAUUGCCAAACAAAGUACUUUACUUAGGGCAAACGCAUACGUAAAAAAUGGGAAAUAAAAUAUAACAGAUGGAAACCUUUAAAAGUCAAUAACAACUUAUCAAACCAAAAAGGCCUGAAUGUGUUCUAACACAUUCCAUUAUUAAAAGUUCCAUAUCUAUUCGUAUGUAAAUAGUCUGAAGGGAGAUUUACUGGUAAUUUUGUGAUUUGCAAAAUUUGUUUAAGACGCUACUCAAUCGAUAUCCAUGUUUGUUGUAUUUUUGGUAAAAGCAUCACAUGAUGUACAUCCAUCAUGAAAUAAUCACUGGAAAAAAAUUAUUGCUCUAUCUGUUAGCUUUGAGCAAUUUGGAUAAUUUUAUAGACAAAGAGUACAUACGAAUGAUACAAAUCGAGAUAUUUGUCUUGAUGCGACAGCAUGUAUGUGGCUGAUUGCUGUAAUUGUAUUUAUAUACAUUUUCAUAUAACAUUUGACUUCUCGUCGCGAAUAUUCAUCAUUCAUCGAAUGGUCUUUGUAAAUUUCGUAAAAUAAUGUUAAAGAUCUGUCUUCCCAAUAUGUAUAUGCGGUGAUUCUAAUAUCUUACUUUAAAAAUCGUAGUUUCCUUGAACUAGUUGCGUUAUUAAAGACUAUAGGUAUUUUGUAUUUUCAUACGGAACAUUAAUAAUUAAUGUACGUGUCGUAUCUUGACAUUAAAAAAAUUUCACUCGUAUAUAGUCACUCUUCGUUUUACAUUUAAUAUAAGUCAAAUAAUUAUAUACUAUACGCAUAUGAGCGAUUGUUCCAUGUAUAGGAAAGUAAGAAUUAAAUGCAUACAUAUACAUAUUUAUAUACCUAUACAUAUAUAAAUAAAAACAAUAUUAAACUCGAA